AUGGCUACUGGGCACAAGUCUUUGUCUGCAAGCCCAGAUCCUUGUGCAAGUGUGUUUGCAAUCACCUCUGGCAACAGUAAGGAAGUACCUGUUGUGCCUGCAGGGGGUGCUAAGGAGUCAGCAGUGGCUGCUGCAGUUUCAUCCCAGGGAGAGUUGGCCAGUGAAAGUGCGAUAAAGGACAGACAACGUACUCAAGUGAACAUGGCAACCCCAGUUACAGUGAUCGGUAAGACUGUUGCUGGUAAAUGCAUGGAAAAGAUUGACUAUGUGAAUGUGCACACUGGAGUUGCAGUGACCCCAAAUGGGAGAUCCACUGUCUGUGUGGAAAAGGACUUGCCUCGCUGCAGUGCCCUGUUCAGUGGGGAGGCAAGUGGUAAAGUUGAAUAUGACAAUGUGAUAGGUAAAACUGAUAAUAUUGUAUUGGCUAAAGUUGAUGGCCCAGCUGCUAAUGGGCUAGUGCAGCUCACUAGAGAUAUAAAUGUUGCUAUGAAUACAGUUAAAGAUGUGUUAUCUCCCCUAGCAACUGUAAUGAAUGCCACAGAGGUGUCCCUAGAAACCCCCAGGGAGCUCUGCGUUUUGGAGCCGGAGGUUGCCUGGGACAGCUAUGGUGCCGCUCUGAGGGAUAAGACGGUACCUGAACAUGGUGAUGACAAAAUGUUAAAUGCUAAAACUGAUAUGUUUAAAAACACUCAUGAUGGAAGUGUCUUAAUGCUGUCUGGCAAUGACAGGUGUGAAGGUGUUCAUGUGUUUAAUGAAGCGCCACCAGAGCAAGGUGCUGAGAGUGUGGUAUUGCAGCCUGCUCUGGUUAAAAAUGUAUUACCACAGUCUGGUUUAAACAAAAGUGACGUCUGCAAGGUGUCUGUUGCUGUGCCACUCUGUCCCUCUGGUAGCGCAGAGAUAACAGAUUGGGACAGAUGGACAAAAAGCCUGUUGGCUUUGUUGGAAAAGGCCUCUGUUGGUAAAAGUGAAGCAGACAUGAUUUCUGCAGUGCCAGAUGAAGGACCUGCAGAGCAACUUGUAUGCAAUGGUGCAUUUGCUGCUGCAGAUGAUGUUGCUCACAAGAUGGAAGCGCCAAGUAAUGGCGAACGCACAGAAGAGGUCAUGUCUGUGAUCCACAAAGGUUCUAAUGAUGUGGUAAUGGAUGGUGCCGUGCCAAAUGAGCUGAUGUUGGUGGAAGUGCCAGAGGGCACAGCAAUAAGUGAACUGAUUGUAGUCAAAGAUCCAAAUGUUGUGUUAUGUGAUGUUCAGCGGUCGGGACAGUUGCUGGCAGAGGAUCUCAUGCCAGUGGAGUUUGCGUGUACUGAAGCUGCCGUGGACAACCACUCCGCUGGGUGCAGUUCCUCUCCAGACACUGCCCUGCGGAACAUGGGUGAAAUUAAAUAUGACAAAUGCAUUGAUGUUUCUGACCAUGAUGAAAAAUGCAGCAUGUUGGCGAUUUUUGAUGGUAUGGUUGCCAUGGGUGACCUCAAAAAUAAUGGUAGACCUGAUGGUCUUGGUCAAGUUGAUCUGGUUGUAGAAAACCCUGAAAAUUGUAGCGAGACAGGGAAUGAUGGGUUUGACACAGAGGUAAAAGGUAAAGCAGAAGUAGGCCCCCUAGAGGUUCAGGAGGGUAAUUCUGGGGAAGGUUUCCUGAGGUUUGAGGAACUUCUAGGAUCUGAGAAGGAUCCUGGUAAACAAUGGUUGGAGGGAAAUGGCCCAAAGCGCAGCAAGGUGUCACAUGACUUAGAAACCUCAGAGUGGCGAGACAGUCAGGAUGUCCUUCAGAGGGAGACUAGGACGAGGCCGCAGUCAUAUGAGGAUGUUGGUGAUGAAACUGACAGAAUGAAGCAUGCAGUGUACAUGGGGAAACAAGUGAUGCUAAAUUUGGACAGUGUUCCAGGGGAGCAUCCGACUGUGGUGGCUACCUCCAGUGAGGUGGAUGCCCCUUUAAAGGUCUCGGACCCCCAAGCUGCAGUGAAUGAGCCCCUCCAUGUCUCUAAUAAGGUUAAGGUCCCCAAAAAUGUUUGGCAUAUUGAUGUGGAGUGUGUAGAAAUUACAGAUAUGCUAGUGGAUUUGCUUGAACUGGUGAAAGCACAGUCCUUGUAUACCUGGGUGCCUCCAUUACAGUCGGCAGUGGUGGUACUGUGUGGUACCAAUGGAUGGAGCCAGGUAGUGCAACCUGUGCCAGUUAAAAUUAGUCACCAGUGGAACUGGUUAGUACGGUGCUUUCUGAUAGUGUGGCAGGUGAUCUCCCGGUUUCCUGUGAGGGUGCUUCCGCAUACAGUUCAGUACGGAAGGCACUCUGGGGGGCUGCUGGAGAUGUCAGAGGUCUCUCCGCCUGAUGUGGUGAUGGACAUAUCUGCUAGUGCGGUCCGAGGUGUGUCUGAGCAGUGUUUAGUAAAUGGCGUGGAUACUGCCUCACCUGUUACACCUCCUAAGAAGGAAGGGCCAGAUAUGGACGCAGCAAAAGCAGAUAUUUUGUCUCUCACCUAUAAAGAGGUACAAGAUGGGGUACCCGGAGACACUCUCAAAUAUAGAGUGGAGAGGAACAAACAUUGUGACAUGGAAAAGUGUGAGCUGGCAAAAAUUGGUACGGCUAGGAAUGGGUCAUGCGUUGUUCAAUGUCAGUUGUUAGGACAACUGCCCACAGAGAUUUGGACAACAGGUGAAGUGAAGCCUUGUGAAGGUCCCAUAGGGGAUAGCUGCUCACCUGUGUGUUGUCCCUCCUUGGGCCUGGCCCUAACAAACCCUAAGCAAGAAAUGACUGACACUAUUGGUAAUUGGAGAAAAGGUGGUUCCUCAUCAGGCAUAGUGUCUGGAGCAGGUUCCUUACAGAAACCAGAAACUGAGUUUAAAGGAAGUAGCAGGAAAGGCAGGGGGCCACCAGAAAAGAAAUCUGUCAUUUUGGCGAAUAUGAUGGCUCUAUUCAUUCUGUGCUUGGCUUCAGCCACAACCAAUGUCUGCUUGGCUGCAGUUGGCACUAGAGGCCGUAUUGAAGAUUUGUCUCCAGAAUUCUUGGACGACUGGGCAGUGCCACCAAAUGUGGAUGUGUGUGCCUUGAGCUGA